CCGUCAUAGGCUGCACGUGGUGGUGCGAAAAGUUGUCAUUGAUGGCCGUCUACGAGAUCGUGGUCAAUUUUCUUUGCUGUUGACAGUUGAAAACCCAGCGGUUACUUGUGCGGCUUUUUCAUCGAGGUGUCUGAGUGGUUAUGCGACUGUCGAGAAGAUUCUGAGGAACCACUUGCGUGCUGUGCUAUUUUAGCAAUGCCGAAAAGGUCUGUUGUCAUCCGAUCCAAAACACGAUGGAAGCCUGUUGAAAUAGAGCCUUCAACCGUUCAAAACCUAGAAUGGGAGGGCUUCUCGGGCCUCGAAGAGCUGACAAGCUAUGACAUUGUGCGUCAGGAGGAGUCUUUAAAGCGAUCUACCGAUACUCCCGACAGGCCUGCUAAGAAAAAGAAGCGAAAGCGAAAACGCGAUGGUAAGCCGGCGGGAACCAGCAGCGGCUCUGUGCACAAAAACGCGGAACCUUCAACAGUAGCCCGUGAUGAUGCAGGGAGUGACGAUGAAGGUGCAGCGUGUCUGCGUGAAAAAAAGCUCAAGUGCGAGGGCCCGGACAUGUCUUCAUGGCUCAACUGCCAUGUUCCAGAACCGGUGUUGCGAGCGUUGGCCGAAUUGAAUUUCACCGAGCCCACUGAAAUACAGGCACAAACUUUGCCAGCCGCCAUUCGUGAUCACUUGGACAUCAUGGGCGCAGCAGAGACCGGCAGCGGCAAAACACUCGCUUUCGGCAUACCUCUCCUGCACCACAUCAUGGAACGGAAAGCACGGCUGUCCACAGAGGGCGAUUUGAAGGCCAUGCCUCUCCAAGCUCUGGUCUUAACGCCUACGAGAGAGCUCGCCAUUCAGGUGACGCGGCACAUUCAAGAUGUGGCGAAAUACACAAACGUGCGCGUCAUGAACGUCGUCGGAGGUCUUUCGGCGGAGAAGCAGCUGAGACUUCUUAAGCGCAAGCCCGAGAUCGUAGUAGCUACGCCUGGCCGCCUCUGGGAGCUUGUCGACCAGGGAGCGCCCCACGUGUCCGACGUGAGCAAAAUCCGCUACCUAGUCAUUGACGAGGCUGAUCGCAUGGUUGAGAAGGGUCAUUUCGAAGACCUUACACGGUUGUUGGAAAUUAUGAAUGCACCUUCCGAAGAUGAAGAAAAACGCCGCCGCCAAAACUUUGUCUUCUCGGCGACCCUGACCAUGGUCCACGAAUUACCGAGGCGCAUGAAGAACAAGCCCAAAAAGCACAAGCUGUCUGAGAAAGAAAAAGUUGAAGAGCUGAUGCACACCAUCGGUAUAAGUUCAAAACCAAAAGUGGUUGACUUGACCCGGAAACUUGGAACUGCCGAGUCACUGUGUGAAUCGCGGAUUGUGUGUCCCUCAGUCGAGGACAAAGACAGUCGGCUGUACUAUUUCCUCUUGGCACAUCCAGGGAGGACGUUGGUGUUUUGUAACAGCAUCGACAGUGUACGCCGUUUAGUAUCUGUGCUGGACUUGCUGCAGCGUUCUCCACUUCCACUGCACGCCUCCAUGCAGCAGAGGCAACGGCUCAAAAACCUUGACCGCUUCAAGAGCAAUCCAUCUGGUCUUCUUCUUGCCACAGACGUGGCAGCGAGAGGCCUUGACAUUCAGGGCAUCCAACAUGUCAUUCACUUUCAAGUGCCGCGAACAGCAGAAGUCUAUGUUCACCGUAGUGGCCGUACUGCACGGGCCAAAAGUGGUGGACUAAGUGUGAUGCUCAUGGAACCACGAGAGUUGCAUUUGUACCGCAAGAUUUGCAAAACAUUAAACAGGGAUGAAGAUCUUCCUGACUUCCCUAUUGAUCUGAGCAUGCUGAAGGCAGUGCAGAAUCGUGUUGAGCUGGCAAGAAAGCUUGAAGCCGAAAGUCAUAGAGUUCGCCGGAGCAACUAUGAGGACAACUGGCUGCAACGUGCUGCCAAGGAGAUGGAGAUCGACCUUGACAAAAAAAUGCUUUCAAACACCGAUGAAAGAAAGAAGGCGGACACAAAACGCAAGCUUAAAGCAAUGCAGUUUCAACUUUCUGAAAUGCUGAAGAAGCCUCUGUUUCCUUCUGGUUUCUCUGGGAAGUACUUGACAAAGCAAGGGACUCUGGAAGUGCCCAAGUUGCGCAUGGACGAGGCAGCACUGGAGGCUAUAGAAGCAUGGAAGAACAAGAAAAAUGCCGUGGCUGCACCAGCAGAAGGUGCAUCCAAGAUUAAGCAGAAAAAGAAGACCAGAAAAUUUCCCUUGUGGAAGCAGAAAGCAAUUGGUAAUAAACAAAGUAACCAAUAAAGUGCAGAGGGCUUAGUUAUGAAGGCCAGUGUGGA